GACGCCCCGCCCCGCGCGGGGACAAGGCCGGGCGGCGCGGGCCGGGCGCUCUGCAGCUGCCGGGCUCGGCCCGCGGCGGGCCAUGGAGAAGCUCCCGGGCGGGCGGCGGAUGGUGUCGUCGCUGGGGCUGGGGCAGCGCUGCUGGGAGGUCACCUUGGACGAGGAGCGAGGGCGGCUGUCGUGGCGCCACCCGCCGCGCGGCGCUGGCGAAAACUGCUUUGUACCAACCUCUGAGAUCAUUGCUGUAGAAGAAACUGAACUGAACAAGAAACAGCGUAAUAUCGGGAAAUGGCAAAAAAUGGAAAAACCAUAUGCUUUCACAGUCUAUUAUGUGAAAAGAGCCCGAAAUCACCGCUGGCGGUGCAGUGAUGUGACGUUUUGGUGUGUUGAUGAGCACUUGUGUAAUCAGUGGAUACAGGCACUGAAAGAAAUACUUGAAAUGCAGAAGUCUCGACCAAAGCAGUUGCUUGUCUAUAUUAAUCCCUAUGGGGGAAAACGACAAGGGAAGAGAAUUUAUGAACAGAAAGUUGCUCCACUCUUCAGUCUGGCUUCUAUCUCCACUGAUGUUGUUAUAACAGAACAUGCUAACCAUGCUAAGGACAAUUUAUUUGAAGUUAAUAUUAAUAAAUAUGAUGGUGUUGUUUGUGUUGGUGGGGACGGCAUGUUCAGUGAAGUGAUGCAUGGUCUCAUUGGAAGAAUGCAGAAGGACUCUGGCAUAGACCAAAAUAAUCCCAAAGCACCGUUAGUCCAGUGCAAUAUAAGGAUUGGCAUAAUCCCUGCUGGAUCAACAGAUUGCAUAUGCUAUUCAACUGUUGGCAUUUCUGAUCCAGUAACAUCAGCUCUUCAUAUUAUUGUAGGUGACUGUCAGCCUCUGGACGUCUCCUCUGUACAUCAUAAGAACACAUUUUUAAAGUACUCUGUAUCAUUGCUGGGUUACGGUUUUUAUGGAGAUAUAUUAAAAGAUAGUGAAAAGAAGCGUUGGAUGGGUCCAAUAAGAUAUGACUACUCAGGCUUGAAGACUUUUCUUUCUCAUCAUUACUAUGAAGGAACAAUUUGUUUUCAACCAGCAAAGCACACACUGGGAUCUCCACGAGAUAAAGAUAGCUGCAGAACAGGAUGUUACAUUUGCAAGAAAAGUGAGCAACAGCUGGCAGAACAGCACAAGGAACGAGGAUUAAAACAUGAAGAAGAUGAAGAAGAAUGGAAGGUUAUUAAAGGGAAAUUUCUAGCCAUCAAUGCAGUAAAUAUGAGCUGUGCCUGUCCACGAAGUCCAAAAGGUCUUUCACCAGCAGCUCAUUUGGCAGAUGGUUCAGCUGACCUCAUUCUAGUUCGUAAAUGCUCCAGAUUUGAUUUUCUACGGUAUCUUGUCAGACAUACAAACCAAGAUGAUCAGUUUGACUUCUCAUUUGUAGAUGUUUAUCGGGUGAAGAGUUUUCAAUUUACAUCAAAGCUUUCAGAAGACAAUGAAAGCAAUGUCACGGACAUAGGAAAAAAACGUUUUGGUCACUUCUGCAGAGAUCAUCCAGUCUGUUGCUGUAAUAUUGCUAAUAGCACCUGGAAUUGUGAUGGAGAAACUCUGGACAGUUCAGCAAUUGAAGUGAGGGUUCACUGCCAGUUAAUGAAAUUAUUUGCAAGGGGAAUCGAGGAAAAAUGUAAAGAUGAAGCUGCCUACAGCCAGAGUAGCGAUGAACAAUUACUAUAGAGAUUGUUCCUCCAACAGGGACAAGAAAAAAAUAAAAGCUCAAGGAAAUUGAGUAAAUAUGCAUUUUAGUCAAAUUGACAAGUAUUUUAAAAUUUUAGAUUUUUUUUUGAUGGCUUCAGUAUAAUUUUAGACAUCUGAUUGUGUUUUGUCAUUUUUUAAAAGACAUUGUAGUCUUUAAAAUACAUCUUGGAGCAAUGUAAUCCAAGUUAUGCUAGAAAAGAGGGUUAGCAUAUAUAUGUGUUCAUGAUGUCUGGUAAAUUUUGUGCUUUUCUAGAGAGCUAAUUUAGUAGUUCUGUUGCAAUAAUAUCUAAAUAUUGUAAAGCAUUGUACUUUCCAUUGUCAUCAAACCAAGAUAUCAAGACAAGAUAUUUACAGCAUCUGAGAAGUAGUUUUCUGCUGGGAGCAUUACAUAGCUGCAUGUGGCUUAAUUGCUGGAUAACAAUGUUGUCAUUCCCAUCUUCAUUUUUAGUAAAAUCUUUCAUUUUGUAGUUCUGAUUAUACCUUGCAACUUAUCAAUGCAAUUCAAACACACAUUCCUUGCUUUAAGUAAUAACAAUAAGAACUUACAAAUACUUCAAAAAAUAAAAGCACAUCUGUAUACAGAUCAUGUUACUCUAUGUAUUCUAUUUAUAAAGGCUUCCUUGCAUGAUGUUUUUUGGGAUUAUAAAAGGUUUUACGACUUUUUAGAUGAUACCAAAAGCCACACACAGCAACUAAUAUGUCUUGCCAGCAACUUGCAGGGAUACUUACAAUACUGGGAAGGCACAGGUAAAGAUAAAUCUCUUCUGAAACACCAGCAAGUGUUGAAUUUUUAAAAAUAUCUAAAAUUAACAUAUGGAAAGCUUCCCUCUUCAGUACAUAGUCCUUCGGAGAUUCUACUCCAUGCGUUAAAAUAUCUCUGCAAAAUAAGAUGCUGAAAUUUUAAAUUUAAAGAUAUGUUUUGAUGAUUGAAAGUUUUUUUAAAACUGUUUAUUUAAUUAAAUAUGAAACAAAAUAAUUUGAUUUGUGAAGUCAAGGGAAGAAUCUGGCAUCUGAUAAAUCAAAUUCACUGUGCUGAUUUGUUUUUAUAACAAAAAACAUUAGACUAUCAUGCACAGCUCUGGAGUGGUUCUUUAAGUUGUUUAUGGAUUUGUGUAUUGUGACACGUGUGUUCUGUGUGUAGGCUAGGGGCUAAAUUUUGUGUUUCUUGUACAUAUUUAUUCCUGUAUGAGGAUCAGAAGUUAGCCCCUGCUUUCUUCUAUCUUUUCUUAAACAUAUGUAGUUCUCUUUAAAACUCAUUCCAUCUGAGGUGUUUUUUGUGUCCAAACAGCUAGUGAUUCUCUGUUCACGUGUAUUUAUUGGCAUUUCUGUCAUUCACCUUGUAUUAGUUUCAUGUGUCUCGUGUAUUUGCUCUGUGUAAUCCACAGAGUGAUUGUCAGUUUAUUACUGAAGCACUUGAAAAUUGUUAUAAAUGGCUGAUAUUUCUUUUUCCUGUUGAAAUUAUUUACAUUCCAGUUUUGUGUAAUAUCAAAAUGGUGUGCUAUAUCUGCUAAAAAGUAUUAUUCAUACUGUUCUAUAUGACAAAAAGCUCUUGCAAAUGAUAUUUGCGUAAAGUACAGUCAUACCAAGUUUAGGAUCUGUUUUUCAUUAUGUUGUAUUUCAGGGAAAUACUUGAAUACUUUUCCAAAUGUGCUGCUGUUUACUUACCUUAUUAAUGCAAUGAGUUAAAAUUUUGAUUGUUCCAGUUUUUUUCAGACAAUUGUAACGCGUUAAGUAUACUGUGUUUCUAAAGCCAUGUUUAAUGACCGAAAUUGUACUUUUGACCUAAGAACCUCAUUGAAAAUGAGAUUAUGCAGUUCUACAAAUGCAUAUAUUGUUUGAAAGUGUCAUUUGCUUAAAAAGUUCUACAGGUAUUUUGGUCUAUCCAUGAAUAUUGUGAGGGAACCCAGUCUUCAAGUUACUGUAAUUCUUGUGCAGGAUAUGGUCAUGCACACUCAGCUCAGAUGAGGGCAUUUAUGAGGCAUUACAGCUAUCCAGAUCGUGUUCUUAUAAAUGAGGAGUAAAUACUAACCAUCUCUUUCCAUUAGGUGACUAGGAAGUCAUGAGACCCGUACUUGAAUAGUCGAGGCUUAAUGUAGUUGUGAAUGUAUAUUGAAAUGCUUUCAAUAUUUUUAAUAUCUGAAAAUAUAUAUGUGAAAAAAAAUAUUCUUUCCAAAGAAAGGCACAGCGAGGGCCCCCUUUCUGGCCCCCUUUCUGAGAAACAAGCCACCAGACAAGAAGGAGAAAAGAUCAUUCUGCAGUAUAGUAAUGAAGUGUGAAGUAAAUAAUAAAGAUGUUGCAACAUAAUAAAAAAAAAAAGCCUUAAGUAGUAGAAAAGCUGCAUAGUUGCACUUGAAUAAUUCUGUUUGUAGGGUAUUAUACUGGGAAAGCACCAUUUGUGAGUUGUAUGACUUGUCCAGUUUAUUUUUAAGGAGACAGCUGUGUAACUUAUGUCUGCUUACAUUUUAAUUAUAUUAUUUUUCUCUGAAUGUAUUCUCAGUAUGGAAAUCAUGUUGGGAAAACUAAGAUUGAUUUUUCUUUUUUAUCCAAUCUUGCUGGCUUCAAGAUUAGAAGAUGUGUUCUGUUUUAUGACGCAUAGGGCAUUUCAUUGAAAAAAAUAAAAUUACGUCUUACAGCAAUGCAGUGG